AGAAGGUUGCGCCCUCCGAAGGUCGCAUUCGAAGGCUGCAUACGUCAUCGUGGUUGUCUCAUUUCAGAAAAGCAAGUAGCACACUCCGAAUGAGACCUUCGAAUGCGACCUUUUUUCACAGGAAUUCGAAGCAUACAUGAGUUGUAUCCUUCGCUGCUACAAAUAACCCACAAUCCCUUGCGUCGCUAUAAAUAACCGUUGUUUAUUUGAAAAAAUGGCGGCGGCAGAUCUACACAUAAGCGAUGUGGUGUUUAAAUGGAGCAAGGAAAAUACGAAGACGUUUAUAAGAUUAAGGCAGGAACAUUCUGAUCUCUUCACUGGAGCUAAAAAUACAGCCUUAUAUGGUUGGAGAUUUAUUCUGGAGAAAAUGGACCUUUCCAGUAAAAUAACACCAGUGCAAGCUAAGAAAAAGUGGGACAAUUUAAAAAAAAAGUAUAAGGAAUGCAAACAUCCAGGGUCAGGUGAGGGCAUGAACAACGGAAAGCCAACUGCUGAAACCUGGCCGUGGUUUGUCCUGAUGGAUGAGAUGUUGGGUCAGAGGCCUUCCAUUUCUCCCCCUGUUCUCAUUUCUUCACUGCCUGAUGACGAACCACAGCCAGGUUGCAGUUUUGUUGAGCCUACCCAGGAAGCAGAACAGCAGGAGAGGGCAGGGAUAGAUCAGUCACAAACGAAAAAGAGAAAAAAUAAAUCAGAUCCUCUUCUUGAGCUCCUGAAGGAAGACAUGGCACGGCAGAAGGAGUGGGAAGAAAGGAGAGAUGCAGAAGACAGGGCGAGGAGUGAUAGGCUCUUUAAUUUACUUGAAAAGUUCAUUGAUAAAAUGUAAUAAAACUAUUUACAAUAUUUACUUACUAUCGUUAAUUACAAUUAUUGAAAAGGUAAUUCUGUAGACAACAUUUCACUAAAUCUUUAAAGUAAUACAUUUUAAAUGGCUUAAAAAUA